UGUGUUCCGUCACCGUGACUUUCAUCAAACCUCACAUAAAUAAACAAACCCCACAUAUCGGGAUAGCUCUGAUCUGAUGACGAGUGCCGGGAGAUUUUCUGCCUGAAGUUUAUCGAUUUUUGUUCCACCGUGUUCGAGGGAUUUCCCGCAUGUUGGAUGUUUAUUCUUGCGGUUCUGCCGUGUUUCUCUGAAGUGUUCGGCUCUGAAUGCUGCUGGAGAGAAACACACUUCCACGUAACGCUCCACCCAUCUCUCCACCUAUCACACUUUUACAUUAUUUAAGAAUAAAAACACCUCCUGCUGCCAUGACUUGAGCUGUGUCGGUUUGAAAGUCAGGUCGAGUCGUCUGCAUUCACAAAGACAUGAACUUAGAUGGGGACUGCAGCAUGUCAGUCAGUUGUGGGAAUGGCAAGCUUAGACAGUGGCUCAUCGAUCAGAUUGACAGCGGGGAAUAUCCCGGCUUGGUUUGGGAGAAUGAUGAGAAAUCCAUUUUCAGGAUUCCCUGGAAACACGCUGGGAAACAGGACUACAACCGGGAUGAGGAUGCUGCGCUCUUCAGGGCUUGGGCACUGUUCAAAGGGAAAUACAAAGAAGGCUUGGACAAACCAGACCCUCCAACAUGGAAAACAAGACUGCGCUGUGCCCUUAACAAAAGCAAUGACUUUGAUGAACUGGUGGAGCGAAGCCAGCUGGACAUUUCGGAUCCUUACAAGGUCUACAGGAUAAUCCCAGAAGCACUAAAGAGAGGUUCUAAGGCCAGUAGCAUUGAAGACAGCACAACACAUGUGACUUCUAUCAGUUACCCCAUGCAUUCACCUUAUCCACCCCUACAGCCUCAGAUGCCUGGAUACAUGCUCCCUCAGGAGAGGCGUGACUGGAGGGAAUAUAGUGCAGAUCAACCUCACACGCAGGCACCUCUUGCAGAUCUACCAUACGGCCAGUGUUCAUACCCACCAGCGCGCUCCUUACCCUGGCAUCCAUCACCCUGUGACAACGGAUACCAGAUAUCUGGCUCCUUCUACACCUACUCACCUACAGAAACUCAUCCAGUGGCAAUGGACCACAGUAUGAGAUCUGCUGAAGCCAUGGCCAUUUCAGACUGUCGCCUGCACAUCUCCCUCUACUAUCGUGAGUCUCUUGUUAAGGAGGUGACCACCAGCAGACCUGAUGGCUGUCGAAUCUCCUCCUCUUCAACUCCUGGAUCCCCCUCAUCCCCCUCUUCUCCGUGUCCAGAGGAGAGGCUCUAUGGUGGGGCAGAGCCUGUGCUCUUUCCCUUCCCAUACCCCCAGUCCCAGCGGCGUGGGGCCGAGAAGCUGCCUAACAUCCUGGACCGCGGUGUUGUUUUGUGGUUGGCUCCGGACGGACUGUACGCCAAACGUCUGUGUCAGGGGAGAGUGUACUGGGAAGGUCCACUUGCCCCAUAUGCAGACAAACCCAACAAGUUGGAGAAAGAGCAGACCUGCAAGCUGAUGGACACUCAACAGUUCCUUACAGAGUUGCAAGGUUUCCUUCACCACGGCCGUCCAAUGCCACGCUCGCAGGUGGUGUUGUGCUUCGGGGACGAGUUCCCAGAUCCCCAGCGGCAGAGCAAAAUGAUCACAGCUCAGGUGGAGCCCAUGUUUGCCAGGCAGCUCCUGUACUUUGCCAGCCAGACCAAUGGUCACUACCUGCGCGGCUAUGAACUUCAGACUCAAGGUGCUUUACCUGUAGACGAUUAUCAGAGAAGCCUCCAACACUUGCAAGAGUAACCUUCAAAUAAAAUGGUUAGGGGGGAUACUGAGAGACUCCCCUGAGAGUAAAAGCCCAGCAGAGCAUAUCUCCUCUGCAUGAACCUUGCGGAGGACAUUCAAUAUGACAAUGAAGACUUGAAAUCCAAUUGAGAUUGCCUGACCAAGUGCCCACUCUCACAUCCCAAAGCUAUAAACGUAUGUUUUUUAUGUACGUUAAAGAAACUCCUGCACUUCAGACACACUGAUGAUACAGUAUAGAUGCAGCAUUGUUUUAUCAGGUUGCUAAUAAUUGUCAAAAUUGUGUCAAAAACAUGAAUUAUGUCUUGAUACAAGUGGGGUCCAAACGUCUGAGACUGAGAGUUUUUUAUAAUAUUUCAGAUUCUGCACUAUUUCUGUGUCACUAAUCAAAUAAUCAAAUUGGUGAUGUUGACCAUAGCAAAUACAGAGACAUUCUGCUGUUCAUGUCAAAUUUCUGAUAAACUAUCGUUUAUGCUGAUAAUAUUAUUUAUUAUUAAUAUAUAUAUAUAUAUAUAUAUAGGACCCACUAUAUAUAAGUGACUUUAACUACUGUGUACUUAAGCAUUUGAUAUAAUGUACAUAUGUGUAGUUGUGUUGUACUUACAUUUAAAGGACCUGCAUUUAAUUACAACUGUACUGUUACACUGUUAACCUUACUUCUAAACAUAACCCUACCCCAACCCUUACCCUAAACCCUAACCACGACCUCUAACCAUACGCCAACCCUUACUUUAAACCCCUAACCUUACCCUAAAUCCUAACCACAACCUCUAUCCCUAACUCAACCCUUACCCUAAACCCUAACCACGGCCUCUAACCAUAUGCCAACCCUUACCCUAAACCCUAACCACAGACUCUAACCCUAACUCAACCCUUAUCCUAAAUCCUAACCAUGACCUCUAACCAUACCCCAACCCUUACCACGAUCUAUAACCAUACCACAACCCUUACCCUAACCACAAC